CACCGAAGCUGAACAAGCAGCAACAGGUUACGAACAUCACAACUAGGCCUCUCUUACAUCUAUUCAUGUCGCAACGAAAAGAGGUGUAUCUUGUAAUUGGCGGUAGUGGCUUUGUUGGCCGUCACAUCGUCGAGCACCUUCUAGCUCGUGGGGACAUCGUCUGUGUAUUCGACAUCGUCCAGCGACAUCAUGAUGUUGACUUUUAUUCCGGUGAUAUCACGGACGAGUCCCAGCUGCUUGAUGUAUUGAGAAAGACCGGUACGACUUGCAUCAUUCACACCGCUUCCCCACCACACGGUGCCAAAGAUCCAAGCAUAUAUUAUAAAGUCAAUGUUGAUGGUUGCAAGGCUGUCAUCGGUGCAGCUCAGACUGCUGGCGUGACAAAGCUAGUGUACACAAGCAGUGCAGGUGUUGUUUUUGAUGGUGGUGACGUCGUAAACCUUGACGAACGUGCUCCAUUCCCGGAGAAGCCAUUCGAUGCAUAUAAUGACUCAAAAGCUCAGGGAGAGAAACUCAUUCUCGAGGCUAAUGGCAAGGGUGGCCUUUUGACUGUUGCUUUACGGCCUGCAGGCAUUUUUGGUGAAGGUGACCGCCAAAUGAUGGUGGGUCUCUACCAAGCCUACCAGCGUGGACAAACUCACUUCCAAGUCGGAGACAACAACAAUCUCUUUGACUAUACCUACGUCGGUAAUCUUGCCAAAGCACAUCUCAUCGCCGCCGACAAGCUUUCCUCUCCCCCACUUCCUUCAUCUUCACAAGAGACCCUCACUGCCGAACUUCACCUUGACUACGCCCUUCAGCCCGUCAGCGCAACAAUCGGAGCAAAGCGAGUCCCAACGUGCGAAGCACGUCCCUUAGGACCAUACGUCACGCUGCCGCCUAACGCCGCCGAAAUGGAGGCAGCAUUCACCGCCCCACGCGAUCCACACACUCCCGCGCACCCUAUCAUACGCUCCCGAUUCGACCAGUUCUCCGAAAAUGCGAUUGAUCUUGCAGAGAGCUCACCGCUGCAGGUUGCAGGGCAGGUGUUCUUCAUCACGAACGGCGAGCCGGUGUACUUCUGGGAUUUCAUGCGCCUUAUAUGGCUCGCUCUCGAUCCCCCAUCGUCAAAGUCCGCCUCGGGUGCAUCGGAGCGGGCACAGAGGCCUGCAUGGGUGAUACCUAGAGGCUUUGGGAUGGUGUUGGGCUUCCUUGCGGAGUGCUGGGCGUCCUUGAUUGGGAAAGAGGCUGGGUUCACACGUUAUAGGGUCGGGUACAGCUGUGCUACGAGGUAUCACAACAUCGAGAAGGCAAGACGUGUGCUUGGGUAUGAACCGGAGGUCGGGCUGGAGGAGGGUGUCAGAAGGAUGGUGGAGUGGUUCAAGAAGGAGAACAAUCUUCCGUGAUGGCCUUGGAUGCUUAACUACCUAAUUCUUCGCAACAAUGUUGUGCACCCAUCGUAUGCUGUUCGGAUACCCGCGCAUUUUGCUUCAUUUCCUACUUGAUUGAUAUGGACGAUGCAGUACUAGUGAUACCUACGGAUUCGUGGUCGACGCCGUUGGGCUGGCUGUCGACUUAUGACUGUGUAUCGUAGCACCAAUAUUUGUACUCGGGGAUUUCGUGGAGGCCUUGCAUCUUUAGCAAAGGACCUGUCAUAGGUUGCAAGAAUGGAACUAAUACGAUAUCAUUGAUACCCAACAGAGUUUUA